GUGUGCAAUUCAACAGAGGAGUCCCUUUCAUCAAGGAUGAAAAGGAUGCCCAGGACUUGAUCUUAGAAAAAACCAAAGAAGUGGAGUCUUUACGAAAUUCCAGCUUGGUUAAAGGAGCAAGAAAAAUGCCAGGGGCAAUGGAGCGAUUUGAUAAACUGGAUAUGUCAGCUAUGCUUAAGUUGGAGCUGGCUUUCGACAGAGAGCGAAUUUCCAGAAAGAUCCUCCCAGAGGCUGCUCCAAGCACUCUAAACUGUAAAAUGAAAGCCAGAGAGAAGUACCAAUCUGACCUGUGGUUAGAAAUUGAACACCUGAAUAAGGGUUUAGUGCUACCAGACCCAAGUUCAUCUUCCUUGGCACGUUUUAAUACAACUACCUAUGCCGUGGCUCAGUGUGAAAUCACAGAUUCUGCUCACCUUCCAGUUCACACCCCAACGAUAAAGAGAAAGGAAUAUCAUAAUAGAAUCCUCUUUCCAACUCAGAUUCCAAAGAAAGCAGGGAUGAAAAAAGGAUGGCAGAGGGCAUUGGCUGUAGUGUGUGACUUCAAACUCUUCCUGUAUGAUAUGGAUGAAGAAGAAGACUCAACACCCAAUGUUGUAGUUAGUCAAGUGAUUGACAUGAGGGAUGGAGCGUUUUCUGUUAGUUCAGUCUGGCCCUCUGAUUUUAUUCCUGCAAGGAGAAAGGAAAUGCCUCGUAUGUUUAAGGUCACAGCUUCCCAGCUCUCAGCACCUAGUAAUAGAUAUUCAAUCCCAAUCUUAGCAGAUAGCGAGAAUGAGAAGAGUGAGUGGGUGAGCGUGCUGAGUGAACUGCACAAAAUAUUGAGAAAAAGUCAUUCCGGAGACCGCUCAGUCUAUGUUCUGAAAGAGGCUUAUGACAACAAUCUACCCCUGAUCAAAACCACCCAGACAGCUGCAAUCAUAGAUCACAAAAGAAUCGCUCUGGGAAAUGAAGAAGGGUUAUUUGUUGUCCACGUUACCAUAGAUGAAAUUAUUCGCAUUGGCUACAUGAAGAAGAUUCACCAGAUUGAGCUUAUCCCCCAUGGCCAGAUGGUUGCAGUGAUCUCAGGACGAAGUCACCAUGUGCAGCUGUUUCCCAUGUCAGCUUUGGAUGGACGAAAGACUGAUAUUCACAAGCUGGCAGAAACCAAAGGGUGCCAGACCGUGACUUCUGGAACAGUGUGCCAAGGGGCCCAUACAUGCCUCUGUGUGGCUAGGAAAAGCCAAGUCUUCUGUUACAAGCUGUUUCAGAGCAAGAAAAUUUCUCACAGAAAAUUUAAAGAGCUCCAAAUCCCAACCAAUGUCCAGUGGAUGGGCAUCUUCAGCGAACAGCUCUGUGUAGGAUUCCAAUCAGGAUUCCUGAGAUACCCCUUGAGGAGAGAAAGAAUUCCAUACAGGAUGCUGCACUCCCAUGACCCUACACUGUCAUUUAUUGCACAUCAACCAGUGGAUGCUCUCUGUGCAAUUGAGAUCUCUAGUAUUGAGUAUCUGUUAUGUUUUAAGAGCAUUGGAAUUUACACUGACAGCAGGGGCCUCAGAUCUAGGCCAGCUGAACUGAUGUGGCCAGCAACUCCAAGUUAUUGCUAUUCGUUAAGUGAGAUGAGAGGAAGGCUCAUCUUUGGUCUAUCUUAUACUGAACCAAGGGCCAGCCAUGACCAAGCACCUCCACCUAAGGGAGCAGCACCCAUUUCGUCAGGACUUUCUGCCAGGGAAGACUACUGCCACGUCCUUCCUGUGGUCUGCUGCACAGGGUGGGAUGUCACUCAAGGACCACACUUCAGACAUGUAAGAUCCUCCAUCCAUUAAAUCGUUGAUGUCUCUGUCGCUGAUUUUGGGCUCUUUUUUCAUUCUUUCAAGCCUCUGUGUUGCAGCCCAACUAUGUAGUUUUAAAUAAUUUGACUUGAUAAUAUGACUACACUUUAAUUGAGUCAAAAUGAGUUGUAAAUAAGUGGAAAAAAGAAAAGCUCCUAUUUGAAAAAUGUAUUUGUGUAGUGGACUGCACUGAAUAAAGUUGAGGCUAAUGAACAUUGGUUCCAUUUGGGAAGGAGAUGCAGAGUGGAAAUUUCCUCCAAUAAUCCCAUCAAGCACUAUGCUUUUGAUUAAACUGACCCUGUGUUUUUGUAUAAUUUAAAACAAAAUGUUGAAAUAUAUUUAUAUACAAUAAAGAACACAGAA